AUGGGUGUCGCCUCCAACCCGCUCCUCGCCGACUGGUCGUCGCAGCCCUUCUCGCUCCCGCCCUUUGAGGCCAUUGAAGCGAGCCACUUUGAACCUGCGCUCGCGAUCGCGCAAGUCGCGUUUCUCGACGAGCUCACGGCCAUCGUCGAGAACCCGGAUGCGCCAUCGUUUGCCAACACGGUAGUCGCGUACGAUCGAUCGGGCCGCCUCUUUUACAGAGUCCUCGCCGUCUUCCAGAACCUCUCGGCGUCGUGCUCGACGCCCGAACUCCAAGGCGUCCAGCGCCAGCUCGCUGCGCCCCUCGCGUCCUUCUUUUCUCAAACCACGAACUUUCCCGGCCUCUUUAAGCGCAUCGACGCCGUGUAUGAGGCCCGCGAUGCGUUUGGUGGCGAAGACCUCCGCCUCAUCGAGCGCAUUCACUUGGACUUUGUCCGGUCGGGCGCUCGCUUUGACACGACAAUGCAGGCGCGCUACACGGAGGUGGUCGAGGCUCUUGCGACACUCAUGACGACGUUCAACCAGAAUCUCUUGACGGACGAGUCGGACUAUACGAUCGAGCUCUCGGAGGCCGAGAUGGACGGCUGCACGCCCGACAUCAUGGCGUCUGCCAAGCAAAAUGCGACCGACCGUGAUUUGGGCGAUGACGUCUAUGUGGUGACGGUCGCCCGGUCGAUGGUCGAACCAUUCCUGUCGAGUGCCACCAACAGCGCCGCCCGCGAGAAGGUCUUCCGCGCCUUUACGUCCCGCGGCGAGCUCUCACCCGAGCGCGACAACAACCAAAUCGCGACGCAGAUCCUCAAGCUUCGCGUCGAGCAGGCCAAAGCCCACGGCUACAAGACGUUUGCCGACUACCAGACAAGCGACACGAUGGCCAAGACGCCGGAAGCAGUCAGCGAACUCCUCAACCGCGUCUGGGACCUCGCCAAGGUCGCGGCCAACCGCGAGCGCGAAGCUCUCGAAGAGUACGCGGCCACGAUCGGCGACAGCAGUGUCGUCGAGGCGUGGGACUGGCGCUACUACUCGGAGAAGGUCCGCCAGCUCCGGUAUGAUGUCGAUGAAGCGACGGUCAAGCCGUACUUUAGCCUCGACCGCAUGGUCGAAGCCGUCUUUGACGUGGCGUUCCACCUCUUUGGCCUGCGUUUUAUCUUGCGUGAAGACAUCAAGGCGUACCACCCGGACGUCAAGGUCUACGAGGUGCGCGAGACGACGGCCGAUGACGAAGACAAGCUCGUGGCGAUCUUCCUGCACGACAACUUUACUCGCAAGGGCAAGCGCAGUGGCGCGUGGAUGAGCGCGUUCCGUACGCAGAGCCGCAACGUCGACGAGGACGGCACCAACGUCAUUCCCGUCAUCAUCAACAACAACAACUUUGUCAAGGGCGAGCCGACGCUCCUGAGCUUCCGCAACUGCGUCACGCUCUUCCACGAGUUUGGCCACGGCUGCCACGGUAUGCUCUCGGACGUCACGUACAACCGCCUCGCUGGCACCGCCGUUGCACAGGACUUUGUCGAGCUCCCGUCCAAGCUCAUGGAACAUUGGGUCUCGGAGCGCCAAGUGCUACAGAAGCACGCGCGCCACUACGCGACGGACGAGCCGAUUCCCGACGAACUCCUCGACAAGAUGAUGGCAGCCGCGACCUUUGGCAAAGGCUUUGCGACGGCCGAGGGCGCUGUGUGUGCGCUCAUGGACCAGACGCUGCACCAGCUCGACGACGUCGACUCCCUCGACUUGGCCGCCUUUGAGGCGACGGAGCUCGCCAACCUCGAGAUGCCGCGCGGUAUCGUCAUGCGCCACCGGUUUUCGCAGUUUGCGCAUUUGUUUAGCGGCGAUGCGUAUGCGGCCGCCUACUACGUGUACCUCUGGGCCGAAGUCCUAGACUCGGACGCAUUUGACGCGUUCUUGGAGGCCGGCGACAUCUUUGAUGUCGCGACCGCCAAGCGCGUGCGCGAAACCAUCUACUCGACGGGCAACUCGGUGCACCCAAUGGACGCGUACCGGGCGUUCCGUGGCCGCCCGCCUGUGAUCGAACCCAUGCUCAAGAAGAAGGGACUGCUUUAGAUUUUGGCGCGUAAUCAGGUGGUGUAGCGUGAUUGGUCAAAAAGGUGUCCAUUGUGUCCAAUCUGAA